AAGGGUUAAAAUCAAUUGUUUCAUUUGUUCUCUGCUCAGUGGGUGUGUUUUACAUAUACAGUACAAACAUGUUUUAUGCUUCAUUCUGUAUCUGAUGGUUCAUUUUUUUUUUUUACUGCACUGCUUGUACAGAUAUAAACCAGUCCAGAGUCCAUUUUUGUGAAAGGAAGUGAAUAACAUUAAGAGAGACAAUCUGUCUGUGAAUAAUGUGAAUCAGCUUUAGAACAGGAGAGUUUAAAUGCUGCGAUCUCGAGACCAAUAGUUCAACAUUGAUGAGACAGAGAGCACUGCUUCUAAAAUGAGUCUCUAUAAGAAGAGAGAGAAGGGCGGUGCUGUACAGAAACAUAAGACAGCAUCUCCAGAACCCAGCAGUGUUGGUGGGGAGAGAGAUGGUGUAAUCAAAUCAGUGAAGUCCCAUUUGAGCUGCACUGCCUCUGACCGUCAGACCCACAUCAGGCAGCACGACACAGAAGCAGCCCUGCAGACACAUACACUGCUGGAUGAAACUGCAGGUCUACAGCAGGAUUCCCACCAACCAGUGGAUGAUGUCCUGCAGAGAGUCAAAGACCAACAUAAAACCAGCAUGAAGAACAAGAAUGAGGGCUUAUCUGAGGGAAUCAAACUACACAAGCAUCAAACCCUCCUAAACAGGAUUUACACACAGCUCUACAUCAUAGAGGGAGAGAAUGGACUGAAUGAAGAACAUGAGGUUUUACACAUGGAGAAAACAUCUAGAACACAACACUUACACAACACUCCAAUCAAUUGCAAUGAUAUCUUUGAUCACUUACCUGAACCAGGGUGUAAGAAGCAAAGAAAACAGAAAAAAGAAAAAAUCAAGACUGUUCUUACUAAAGGCAUCGCUGGAAUUGGAAAAACAGUCUCUGUGCAGAUGUUCAUUGUGGACUGGGCAGAGGGAAAAGCCAAUCAGGAUGUAGAUUUCAUAUUUGUUCUUCCAUCUCGAGAGUUGAACUUGAUUAAAGAUGACCAGUACAGUCUUCACAAACUUGUGCUUGACUUUCAUCCUGAACUUCAAGAUGUGGACUCAAAGAUUUAUGAUGAGUGUAAAGUUGUGUUCAUCUUUGAUGGUCUGGAUGAAAGCAGAAUUACACUGAAGUUUUCAGACAGUGAGAAAGUUUCUGAUGUAACUGAGACUUCAUCAGUGUGUGUGUUGAUGUCAAACCUCAUCAAAGGAGAUCUGCUUCCCUCUGCUCUCAUCUGGAUCACCUCCAGACCAGCAGCAGUCAAUCAGAUCCCCUCCAAAUACAUCAAGCGUGUGACAGAAAUCCAGGGAUUCAAUGACCCUCAGAAAGAGGAAUAUUUCAGGAAGAGUAUCAGUGAUGAGCAUCAAGCCAGCAGAAUCAUCUCACACAUUAAAAGAGCAAGAAGCCUCCACAUCAUGUGCCACAUACCAGUCUUCUGUUGGAUCUCAGCCACUGUGCUUCAAAACAUCCUGAAACAAGAUCACAGUGAAGAAAUCCCUAAAACUCUGACUGAAAUGUACAUACACUUCCUGCUUAUCCAGAUUAAUAUGAGGAAUCAGAAGAAUGAUGAGAAAGAUGAGAGAGAUCCAAAGAAACUCCUGCAGUCCAACAGAGAAGUGAUUGUGAAACUUUCUGAACUGGCGUACAGACAACUUAUGAAGGGCAAUGUCAUGUUCUAUGAAGAGGAUCUGAGAGAGAGUGGCAUAGACACCUCAGUGUAUUCUGGAAUUUGCACUGAGUUCUUUAAGGAGGAAUCUGUGAUUCAUCAGAGGAAAGUCUACUGCUUUAUACAUCUGAGCUUUCAGGAGUUUCUAGCUGCUUUCUUUGUGUUGUACUCACAUGUAAUGGAGAACAUGGAAUCACUGAAGUUGUUUUUGUGGUACAGUUCUAAGAAAAGCUCUCUGUUCAGGCUACUAAAAUCAGCAGUUAUUAAAUCCUUGCAGAGCGAAAACGGACAUCUGGAUCUUUUUCUUCGUUUUCUGCUGGGCAUCUCACUGGAGUCCAAUCAGGGACUCUUACAGGAUCUACUGACACACACAAAGAACAGCUCAAAGUGCAUCAAGAGCACAACAGAGCACAUUAAAUACAAAAUCAAGGGUGGUGAACGUCUUUCAGCUGAAAGAUGCAUCAAUCUCUUUCUCUGUCUGCUGGAAAUGAAUGAUCAGACUCUGUACAGAGAGAUUCAGGAGUAUGUGAAAUCAGACAAACACUCAGAGAAUUCUCUCUCACCAGGUCACUGUUCAGCAAUAGCGUACAUGCUUCAGAUAUCAGAGAAGGUGCUGGAUGAGUUUGAUCUCAGGAAAUACAACACAUCAGAUGAGGGUAGAAGGAGACUCAUACCAGCUGUGAUGAACAGCAGAAAAGCUCUACUUGCUGGCUUUAAUCUCACUGAUCAGUUCUGUGAAAGUUUGGCUUCAGCUCUGCAAUCAUCAAACUCCCUGCGAGAGCUGAACCUGAGUAACAUGCAGGAUUCAGGAGUAAAGCUGCUCUCUGAUGGACUGAAGAGUCCAAAAUGUCACCUGAACAUACUGAGAUUUACACUCUGUCAUCUCACUGAUCAGUGCUGUGAAAGUUUGGCUUCAGUUCUUCAAUCAUCAAACUCCCUGAAAGAGCUGAACCUAAGUAACAAUAACCUACAGGAUUCAGGAGUAAAACUGCUGUCUGAUGCACUGAAGAGUCCAAACUGUCAACUGAAGAUAUUGAAAUUAUCUGGCUGUAUGGUGACAGAGGAAGGCUGUUGUUAUGUGGCUUCAGCUCUGACUUCAAACCCUUCACACUUGAUAGAGCUGGAUCUGAGCUACAAUCACCUAGGAGAAUUAGGAGUCAUGCUGCUCUCUGAGAGACUCAAUGAUCCAAACUGCACACUGGACAAACUCAAUGUUGAUCAUGGAGGAGAGAUAAGGAUUACACCAGCACCACAGAAAUAUGCCUGUGAUCUCACACUAGAUCCAAACACAGCACAUACACGUCUCUCUCUGUCUAAAGAAAACAGGAAGGUCACAUGUAUGGAAGAGCAGCAGUCAUACCCUGAUCAUCCAGAGAGAUUUGAAAAGUGUCAUCAGGUUAUGUGUGGAGAGAGUCUGGCUGGAUACUGUUAUUGGGAGGCUGAAUGGAGUGGAGUAACUGAUAUAUCAGUGACGUAUAAAGGAAUCAACAGGAAAGGCAGAGGCAGUGUGUUUGGAUACAAUGAACUGUCCUGGACUCUGAACUGCUCUGAUAACAGAUUCACUGCCAGACACAAUAGUAAGGAAACUGUCAUCCAUGCCCCUUUACCCCUCUCUAACAGAGUAUCAGUGUAUCUGGACUGGUCAGCCGGCACUCUGUCCUUUUACAGCGUCUCUGACUCACACACACUCACACACUUACACACAUUCAACACCACAUUCACUGAACCCCUCUAUGCUGGAUUUAGAGUUGAUUAUAAUUUUUCCUUUGUGUUUCUGAGAUAAAACAGUCAUAGUGAUGCCUGAUUUGUGACUAAAUCAUUCUUUUAAGCUGGUUCUUGUCAGUGAAUCUGUGGGACAGGUUCACAAAUUGGUCAGAAUAUGAAUGAUCUUUAAAAAUCCUCAUCCAGUAAUUACAAACAACUGGAAAGAGGUGUGAAUGCUGUUUUUCUCUCCUGAACACAGCUGUGAGCUCUUCCUUUGUCUUCUGAUCUUUGUUGUUUAACAUGUACAGUACUGUGUAAAAGGUUUAGGUAUUUGUGAAAAACCCUGUAAAAUGAGGAUGCCUUCAAAGAUAAUGAUAAUGAAUAGUAUUUAUUUAUGAAUUUAGGAAUGAUUUUAAGAUUCUGCUCUUUGUUUUCAAGGCCCUGCAUGGACUUGCACCACAAUAUACAGUAUCUCUGACCUUUUUCAGCAAUAUUCAGCUCCUAAAUUGCUUAGGUCAAGCGAUCAACUCCUUUUAUCUGUUCCACGUUAGAGGUUUAACUCGAAAGGAGGUCGAGCUUUUUCUGUCACUCCCCCUAAGCUCUGGAAUAGUCUUCCAUUUCACAUUAGGUCUUUUCCCUCUAUUAAAAUUUUAAAUCCAUCAUAAAAACCCAUCUACAUUCUUUAGUUUUUGACUCAAUUUGAGGUUUUAAUGGUUGUUCUAGGUACAAUUUAAGAAAUCUUAAGCAUCCUUGACUUUAUGUAGAUCUGUGUUUUUUUAAUUGUUUUAAUGUUUUUUUUUAAAUUAUUAUUAUUAUUAUUAUUAUUAUUAUUGUUUGAUGUGCAGCACUUUGGGUCAACUUCUGUUGCUUUUAAAUGUGCUAUAGAAAUAAACUUUGACUUGACUUGAAUUAACAAUCAAUAUUUGUUGUGACUCUUCUAUGCCUUUAAAACGGUUCUCCUAGAAAUACUUGCGCACAGUUAUAUAUUAGGCUGAGGGUUUUUCACGCAUCGAUAAUCGGAAGAUUUUCCCGAUUAUUAUCGAUAUACUGUAUAUCAGGAGUUUUCAGAUUUAAAUAGGGCUGCUCGUUACACAGUAGUCUUUGUCUUCUCAAACAUAUUUCUCAACACAACUUUGGUAAAGUGUGAGCGGCAGUGGGUCGCGCACGCGUUCUAAAAUUCGAAACAAUAGAGCUGUUGAGGUAGUAGUCCAAAAACCCUGAAGCGAAUUCGCCAUGGGUCCCUCUGGAUUUUCCUAGGUGUUUUUUAUAAUGGGGUUUUU